AUCAUCCCAUCAUGUCCGGCGAAUCCGACAACGACUCCGACAUCCUCCCCAAGCUCAUGAUCUGCUUCAUCGGCGCCGCCUCCGCCGCCGUGGUGAUCACGGUCUACCACUGCAUAGCCACGCGCAACGUGCGUGGCCUCCUAAGCCGCCGCAUUAAUCGGCGGCCAACGGCGGCGCCGCCGCAGCAGAACGAGUACCAGAGCAGCGUCGAGAACUCGAUGGCGGAGCUAAUUCCGGCCCACAAGUUCCAGAAGGGGGUCGGGUUGACCCGGGAUGGUGACGGCGUCUGCGCCGUUUGCCUGUCGGAAUUUGAGGACGGCGAGGAGCUGCGCACUUUGCCGGAAUGCAUGCACUCGUUCCACGUGGCGUGCAUUGAUAUGUGGUUCUACUCGCACACUAACUGCCCGGUUUGCCGGACGGAAGCCACGCCGUCGCCCCACGUGCUUAUACACUUGCUGGAUUCGAGCGUUCGAAGGUCGCCGCCGGCGCCGGGCCGGCCGCAGUCGCAGACAAAUGCAAUGAUGCCGUUGUUCAUAAGUGGUGUAAUGCAAUAAUAGCAGGAUAGAUGCUAGAAUCUAUGAAUUUUGUUUUACUUUAUUAUUAUUAUAUUUUGAAUGAGUAGGAAAAUCGAAAAUCACAGUUAUUACGUUAUUA